AUGAUUAUAAUAGAGUUCAGUGUUUCAAAUCUUGCUUACCGUAUAUUGAUAACACUGUUUACAGAAGAGUGGGGCACCAGCCUGAUUACCGAUUCUUUUGAGGCAUCAAACACGAUUCCUGCAGAUGACAUUGAAGUCAAGAUAAUGGACCUUGAAGAAUGCUAUAAGAAGAGAAGAGGAAGACGAACUGUCAAAGGGCCAGUAGAAGAUCAUUUGGCAGACUCAAAAGUCACUGUUAUGAUACACGCAUCCGAAGAAAUCAGCAACGUACGUGCUUUUACACAGAGAUGCCCAGAUGCUGCGAGACGGACACACGAUACUAUAGGUAGGUCGCUGCAAACAGUGAUUUUUUUCCGCUACCAGCAAGUUUUAAGAUAGAAUCAGAAAGGUACUUCCGCCUGUACCUAAUUCCACUUUGGGACUCUUUCCAAGUUACCCCAAGCCUCUCUUUCAAAGCGAGGCUAAGUGCGAAGCCAUUGGUACGAAAAUUAUUUUUAUUUCCAAGCACUUAAAACUUGUUUUCACGAGAAAAUUUUUACACUCUGCCUGGUUUUGAAAGUGAGGGUUAUUUAAACUCGAAAAUGGCCUCUUUUGCAAGAGGCAAGGUAGACGCAUUUGGACCCAUGUCACCUGCGCAACUUUUUGCAAUAGCCAAUAAAAGAAAACAUAGCUUUCCAAAAACAGCCCGGCGGCGAUUCACCACAACUUCAACCCAUUCUCUCAAAAUGGCUAAUACAGAUGUAUUAAAGGCUCAUCAUGGUUUUUGAGCCAUUAUACCAUGCUCUCCGCGUCUGCUUAAAAUUAAAAACAAACUGAAAAUCGGUUGUUUUUACAAAUAAAGUCGGGAAGAAUUCUCGAUAUUUUGUGGGCGUUUUUUAAUAAAACAGUUAUUCUACUCGCGGUUGUUGGAUAUGAGAUGGUGGAUAGCUAGGAGGCGCGUAGCGCCGAGUGCGCCGAGUUGGCUAUCUACCUUCUCAUAUCCAACGCGUACUCGUGGAAUAAUUGUUAAUUAUUUAGCAAUUGGCCAUGGCUCGUGAGUGAGCGUGCGUAUGUCGAGAUAUGCCCACGCGGGAAGUUUGGAGAGCACGAAAGAUACGAAACUCUAGCCUCUUGAGUGCUCUCCAAACUUCUCAAGUGCUUCAUAUCUCGACAUACGGUCAGCUGAAACAUGAAACAAUUGUUUAUUCGACGCUCACUCAAAGCAGUAGGCGUCAAUGUCUACGUGACUAUUUAAUUGUUGUUUGUUAUUUGGCGAGAGCGAUCACUUAGAAGCGGGGGGACCCCUAAUGUUAACAGUUGGCUUGCUUAUCGCUUGGAGUGAUUACGUCCCAAGUAAGGUGACUUUUGUAUUUCAUGACAGCGCUACACCAAAAACAUCUGGCUAAACAUUCAUCCGUCAUGCAUAUUUCAAAAAGGUCAGCUAAAAGGUGCAUCAUUCUCUGAUUGGCCUUUCUUAUAACUAACCUCUUGACUUUUCACUUAGAACUCCUUUCAUAAUUGCAGGCGACAAGAGGAGCCCGCAAUCCUAAUCUUCAGGUUGAUAUUACGCAUGCGUGGCAUGUAUGUAGCCAGCAUUCGUUUGGACUUCCAUUAAGAAUGAAUGGAAUGCACAAAACGCAAUUUGAUCACGCGCGUUUCGACCUUCUACGCGUCGUCAUCUGAUUACGUGUGUUUUUUCGAUCUGUAACGUUAAACUUCAGCAAAGCACAGCGUUGGAACAAAAGCGUUUGGACCUUUGAUCAUUGUCGCCCGGACGCCCUAACGUUUGGUUAUUACUAGUAAUAUAAUAAUUCCAUUACAGAAGUAAACUACUAUGUUGCAAGUACCGUAUUUAUUCGAUUAACCGCCCUGGGCGCUUAUUAAAUUUUUGGACCUUGAGAGUGGGCGCUUAUUCGAGGUGGGCGUUUAUUCGAGGCUGGGCGCUUAUUAAAUUUUCACCAUUCUCAGCAAGUGUAGUAGUAUAUUUUACAACAAAACAGUAAAUGGUACUAACAAAAAGGGAAGAUGUAGCAAAGCAAGGUUUCUGUAAAAUACUCUGAAGAAAACUCCGUCUUCGGGAGGGUCUCUUACUAUCUCUUAUCAGGCUCUUAUUGGAGUUUUUUUUUUGAGGGAGUGGGGUGGGGGCGCUUAUUCGAGGCUGGGCGCUUAUUAACUUUUUCUGCCUUUAGCAUGGGCGCUUAUUCGAGGUGGGCGCUAAUUCGAGGUUGGGCGCUUAUUCGAAUAAAUACGGUAAUAUAUUUGAGUGAACUUUAAAUUUCCUUCAGGUGCCGUGGAGCUGGAAGUUCGCACGUUGCGGAGUGAUGGAGAACGUCGAGUAGUCAUCGUUGAUCUCAGUUCGGCGACAAAAGACGGGUAUCGAGUGUACUGGCUUGAAACAGGAGAUAUCCUGGAAAGAAAUAUAUGGGAACUGGUCAUCAAAACAGAGCUCAGCUCAGGCUUAACGGGACAAGUGCAUUCAAGGCCAUUCUUAGUUACCACCCCACAAUGUUACAAGAAGAGACGCGAUGAAGGUGUGUAGUCGGUUUUCAUGACAAACUGCAACUCCGGGGAACCAUUUCGUAUACCCUCUGUCAACAAAUAUGAUACCCCUUUCACGUACCUACUAACAACAAGUCUUCUUGUUAUUUUAUGUAGCGUUUAAUGAGUUAAUCUAAAACAGUCAUUAGGUGCGUCGGCUCGAAAUGUUUUAGUUAAAGACCCUUUUACAAGACAUUACUGACAAAUUUCCCUGCCCUUUCGUAUACUUCAACUCACGAAAUCCCUGCAUUUUUGUACGCCUGAAGCCUGGAAAAGGUAUCACUUUUAGGGGGAGCCUCCCUAUAUGGGCAGUCAUAGGGAGUAUUCCCCCCCCUCCCUCACGAGACUGCAACAAACAAGCUUUAAGCUAGUGACCCACGGUUUACAUUUCAUUGAAUAUUGCAGCUCUAGUUGCUCAACUUUUUGAACAGAAUAGAUCCCAUCUCUAUUUCCAAUAAACACUGUUCAACAUGUUGAAUGAAUGGCAUAACUCUAAAAUUCAACAUUCAACAUGGCUUGAUACUCUUUUCAACAUUUUUUGAACAAGUGCGCCAACAGUUAUUUUUAAGCAAACUAUGUCUCCAUGUUGGCACCUGUCUUAACGACAAAAAGUUAAUCUCUUCCUGGGCAUCGUGAAAUAAAACCUAAAUAAUCGUUAAAUAUUUUUUCAGUUGCUAGGUCUUCAAAGGUGCAACGACUUAUGUGCCAGAUAGGGAAGCCUAGUUCCUUCAUUGAUGACGGUAAAGAAAAUAGACUUAGUAGGCUGAUUUAGCAACAGGACGGGAAAGUCAGUUGACGACUGGAAAGUGCGCGGAAAGGACUAAACACGACUGCCGGUGCCCAAUUUGCCGCUCUGCCAUUGGUCAAGCCAGUUUUUUGAUCUGCGCGCGCCGUCGUCAACUGACUUUCCCGUUCUGUUGCUAAAUCAGCUUAUUGUAAACAGGGUAUCUAACACUUUAGACUAUAACAUUUGAGCAUUGUUAUCGUGAAAAGAUAAAUCUUUAGCAGACGGAUCGAUUGUGCUAAGUUGGUUCCCAUAUUGUGAAUAAUGCCGUGAUAUGGAUUUUACAUCACCUUUUUCGAGAGCUAAUUAAUUAUCAAUGUUUUAUUGUGGUAAAACCACCAACUGUCGCCACCUCAGGGACCAUUUGGUCGGGGGUGGGGUGGGGGGGGGCUGGGUGAUGGAAGGAUCCAGAGAAACCCCUUUUAAAACGCUGGAGAAGCUCGUAAUCUCGUUUAGGUUGUAAAUAGUUUCUAAUGGACGGACCAUUAUUUUUGUUUUGGAUGGGGAGAGGGGUUGGAAAUUUUGAAAUAAAUUGUUUGCAUAGGCCGUAAACACUGAAAUAAAUUGUAUGCAAGUACGUAACAAAAAAAAAUGUUUGCAUGUGAAAAUUAAAGAUUUGAAUAAAGCCUGCUAUUGAAACGACAAACCGGAUCAGUUCUAAUUGUUCCAUACGCUGUUAGGACUAGAAAAAAAAUGCCGUGGUUCUAGUCUCUUGUUGAUCGUGUUCGACUUUGUCUUUUCCCUGAUCCCGGGCUAUAUUACGCCAAUCCUUUUUCUUACUGAAAUGUCUUUACUUGUUUUCUUUAUAUUCCCAGAAAAAAUUUCGUUUUUUGGAAAAGCAUUUCAAGAUUUCAGCUGCAAUAUGGAGGAUCAUUUAGCAUCCCAAUCCUUUCGACAACUGUCCUUUUUCUUGGACGCUGAGGUCCCCUCGGAAAAAGUCGUGUUUCAACCGAACACUGUUUUAAACAAAAACAUGGUGAGUUAAUACGCUGAUGCUUCAACCAUAGAAAUAUCUUCAUUCUAUUUUUUCGCUCCACUUCUGACACCAUGUCGACCGACAAAUGUUCACUGAAGCGUAAUAUAGGCGCAUUUUGCCUCGUUAGCAUAUGCCUUUAAUUCUCUGAUCAAGCUAUUAAAAUAAACUCUGCGAAUAUCGGAAAAGUAUAACAAUUUCAGUUAUCUGUGAAAAUCUCAGCCGAAUAUACUGAAUAGCCUUUAAGAUGGCUGUUAGUAAAAGGAAUGAAGAGUGACAGAGAAAUUGGAAUGUACAACAGCGCCAUCGUCUUUCGUACAGCUCGUCAUAGGCUUGCUUUUUAACGGUUUAAUCUGUUUACCAUAAAACCCCUGGAAGAGACUGAAGCCCAUCCUUGAGUUUACUCCCGUAAUUCUCCAGUAGUCUCACUGUAGUAGACUGUACCUAAAGAUCUUGUGGCUAUCACGGUCACGAAGAUAUUACAGUUUUAGGUCAAUUCUGCGCUGAAGUAAAAAACUGCCCACCUACCGUUCCCUUAAGCCAACAUUUUGCCCUAAAUGAGAAGUAAGAGGUAAAAAAUUGGCUUAAGGGAGGAGUAGGUGGGCAUUUCCCCCGAAACCUAACUUGAUCCGUCAUUGCAUAGUACUUUGACCCAUACACACUCCUGUAGGGUUAUAACGAAGAUAGUCAAAUAAAAUUCAUCACGGAGCGCUAACAUAAUAAGUUUUGUGGAUGAUUUUUGCAAGCAUACCUUUUUAGCAUUAAUUACAACUUGAAAAAUUUGGCCCAGUUUUUUUAAGUUUUAAUUCAUGUCCAUCCAUGCCAUCCUAGCAACAGACGACAGGAAACAGUUUCUAAAAUAUAUAGUCUUACUAUUCCAAUUCUAAAACUGGACGGCAUGGUCAUUUUUAAAAUUUAAUUCAUGCGAAGACACGUUUUGGGUUUUUAACAUCGUCCUCUUAAGUAAAUAAAGAAAUAAAGAAAUAAAGAAAUAAAGAAAGAACAGAAAACCAGUGUAAAAGAGCGAAACAAAAUAAGUAAAAUAAAUAAAUAUAUGCAUAAAUAUGAUUAAAGAUCUCAGGGGAGAGACUGCACGGCUUUGGAAUAUCAAGACCCACAAUGCAACUGUAGUGCCUACCCUUGGAACGGUUAAAAAAAGCGACAGAUCAGGAUUAUCAGGCAUACUAAAGAAGCUAGAAGCACGAACACUUGACUUUGUCUAAGAAAAGGUGUUUUAAAGAAAGAAACAGAGCGCCACAUAACAACUGUCCUGGAUCAGGCGUUACGUACCAACAGCUAGUAUAAGAAAAAGAGUUUACGGAGAGGAUAGAUUCCCAUUGUGUAGAAUGUCUGGAGAACGUGUAGAAACCGUUUGUCACAUCAUGUGACAGAAUGCAAGAAAUUGGCUCAGAAAGAAUGCAAAGGUUGGAGACGGGAUCAGAUUGGUAAAUACGUUCGCUGAGGACUUUGUCGAAAGUUUGGUUCUGAUUGCUCAUCAGCAAAAACUAGCCUCAGGGUAGCUGCUCCUUCUAUCCGUUUUUGCUUUGACGGGGGAAGGGUGCGGUUACAUGUAGGCCUGUGGAGAAGUCGGAAGAUUGUAAGUUACCAUAGAAUUUACCUAUUUAAACUGAUCACACUGAACAACAGCACAACAGACUAGACAUCGCAGUUGUAGGCAAGAAGGAAAAGAUCUGCACAUUAAUAGAUGUCGCAUGCCCUUUAACCGUCUAGUACCUCUUACAGAAAAAGAAAAAAAAUCGAAAAAUACGAAGACUUAAAAAGAGAGGUGAAGCGUUAGUGGGACUCAGGGGCGGAUCUAGGGGGAGGGUGCAGGGGGUGCGUACCCCCCCCCCCCGAGAUGACCUGCGGGUUUCUAAUACAACUGGUGUUCUGCAAAAAAAGAAAAAACUAUGUGGUUUAUUGGUGUUGAAGUACAGCAAGAGACGAGUGCACCCCCUCCUAAAAAAAUCCUGGAUCCGCGCCUGGAACUGUAAAGAUGUGAUUGUACCAAUCGUCGUCGGUACCCUCGGAACAGUCAUCAGCAAAAGAUUGCAUCUGUAUCUAAAGAAAGCAGGACUUGACGGAAGUAUACGGUAGCCACUAUAAAAAGCUUGUUUACUGGGAACAGCAAGAAUUAGGUUAUGGAUACCUAAGGUGAUGGGAGUCCACCUGGUUCCAGGAAAUGAGCCGACUGGAAGACCUUGCUAACUGACAAUAAUAAUAACAACUGAUAAUAAUAAUGAUAACAAUAAUAAUAAUAAUAAUAAUAAUAAUAAUAACAAUAAUAAUAAUAAUAAUAACAAUAAUAAUAAUAAUAAUAAUGUUUGUGUUUUUUAAUGCCAUUAUUAUGAUUAUUAUUUAUUUAAUUUUUAGAUAAUGGACUAUGGAACAGUAUAGGAUAAAUUUUAGACUGUUAUUAGGUUACAAAUUUUACAUGUAAUAUAACUCAUGCCAGGAGCCCAUGCACAUAGUAAUAUUUUAUAUUUUCUGAUCGGUAGAUUAAUUAAUUUUAUUAUUUUUUUGAAAAAAAACAGCAAAAACAAGGUUGUUCACGGUUCGCCGCCCAGCUUUUGUGAUUUUUAGUUGGAUCUGGCAUCCAGAUGUUUUAAACUGCCUACAUAAUAAUAAUAAUAACAGUAAUAAUAAUAAUAAUAAUAAUAAUAAUAAUAAUAAUAAUAAUAAUGACGAUGUUGAUUGAUGACGAUGACAAUGGGGAUGAUGAUGAUGAUGAUGAUGAUGGUGACGCACAUGAUGUACUGGUGAUAAAGAUGAUGAUGAUAAUACUAAUAAUCUUUUUUUAAAAAUAUAAUGAUAAUAAUAAUGGGUCAACGAUGGUGAUGGUAUAAUAUUUGUUUUCAGGUAACAGCUCACUUCAAUCGCGAACAAAGAAUCCUCUAUGCUGUUGAGCAACAUGAGAUCCCCGGUCUGAUGAAGUUGAUCAGUAAACGAUCAACGCUUAUCGCUCCUUGUGGCGUAGCAAACAGAUGUAACUCAAGAAGAAAAGGAUACCGGUGGGCUUGUGGCCGUUGCUUUUUCGAACGCGGAAAGAAAUCGACAAUUAAAAAUCAUUUAAUUCAACAAGUUUGUCAAAAGUCAGUUGAAAGUAGGAAACGGGAAAGUAGAAAACUGCAGUUUAACUUCAAUCAAGAAAAUGUGCCGUAA